UGUCCGAGUUUGGACGUACCCACGUGCUUAAGUACGACAAAGAGGACGUGGAGUUUUAGGAGUUUUAGUGUAUCUGUAUUAGUGAUAAUGUUUAUGUAUAGUUUUUGUUUGUUACUAUUGACGGGGAGGGGGCUUGCGACGUUCAGCACUAGAGAAAUGGAAGGAUAUCCUAAGGGUUACUUGUCUGAUUGUCCAGGCUCAGAAAAGCAAGCAUACAUAACUCGUAAAAGCCUAAGACACCUGUCCCUAUACGUCCCAGAUUCCACGGGUGCUUUGAGAAGAAAGUACAACUACUACCAAAUGGCACAGCUGGCCAACGAUCCAGACUUGGACUUUAAUAAGAAGACCUUGUUGUAUGUGGGAGGAUUUCUGGAUAGCCCAAGCUUUAUAUUUGCCACGCUUACAGCGAAGACGUAUAAGAGCUUGGGCUACAAUGUUCUACUGUUGGAUACGAAUUGGUUCACCACUAUGGAGUAUCCACGGGCCGCCCGUUUUAUGCGUCCAGUUGGAAAACACACCGCUACAAUGUUAAUACAGCUCACAAAUAGUGGUUUGGACCCGAAGAAACUCGAAAUCAUUGGUUUAAGCCUCGGAGGUCAAACAAUUAGUUUCAUUGCAAAGAACUAUAGAGAUCUAACUAACACGACUGUGGCAAGGAUAACUGGGUUAGAUCCAUCGGGGCCUUGCUUUAGGCACCUGGGACCUGAGCAAAGAAUUGAUAGAACUGAUGCCGAUUUUGUAGAUAUUGUGAGCACUAAUAUUGAUGGUUUUGGAAUGGCUGCUCCGGUAGGACAUGUAAAUUUUUACGUAAAUGGAGGGGAAUUUCAACCAGGAGACAUCCUUUGGGACUUUUGCACAGUUAUGUGUAGUCAUAUCAGAGCUUACACUAUAUGGAUGUCGGCCUUAAGGAAUCCCAGUUCUUUUAUAGCCAUAGAGUGUGAGUCCGUACAACAGGCAAGAGACAAGAAAUGUUUCGGAAGGACACCUUUAGUAACAAAUAUUUUGGGUUUAAAUGUUAACAAAAGUAGAGAAGGUAUUUUCUAUUUAUCUACUAGUCGUACCUACCCGUACUAUUUAGGAGAGAAAGGGAUCAGAGAGGAAAACGAUUUUUUCUUAUCUUUCAUUAAAUCUUUAAAUGAAAAAGAUGUGAUAAAAAUUUAAGUUUAAUUAGGUAUAGGUAUUGUGUUAAAGUAACUUAAGUAGAAAAUUAUAUAGCUAAAGAUGGUGGUUAAAAAUUCGGUUGUAGACCAGACUCUAAACUAAACUAUAGCUCUUAUUAAUAUGUACCUACCUGAAAAUAUUAUAGUGUUGCAUUGCAAUGCGAUUCGCUCGUUACUCUAGAUAUGUUGGUAGUAAGUCAAUGAUGCUAUGUCAAAACCUUCCCGCAAAUCCCAACAACAGUUUCAGCUAGCUCAAUUGGAAUGAAUGGUGUGUGAUAACAGAUAAUUAAGGCAAACAAUAAUUUUUAUUAUACAUAUUGUAUUAGAAAAUUUUAAAGUAGACCCAACCCACAAAAUAAUAUUUUGUGCGUGAAUUUAGUUUACAGAUUAACUACAACCGAAUAAAAGCACGUCAAAUGUUAAUUUUAUCAUUUAAGUAGCGCCAUCUAUAACUACGCGCAUGAACUACGAUGUCAAACAAGUAAGCUCAACAACAUGGUUUGAAUCUUAGCUUAUAUUGCUGUUAGUAGUCUAUAGACGUGUCCAUAGAUGGCGUUAGUUAAAAUACAAGUAAGUCUAGGGUCUCAUUUUUUUAUUUUUUUGUAAUUUUGUAUUUUUACAGUAGGUAUCUACAAUUUUUUUUAAGUAAAGACUGGGAGUAAAUAAGUUUUAACGUUUAUGGUUUAAAUUGACCCACCUAUUUUAGUAAUAAAGGUAAGGUAAGAGAAUUCUUGUUUGUACUGACCAUUAUUUUCUAAAAAUCGUCACACUUCUUCACACAAUGUGCAUCUUGGUUUGUACUUUGUGAGCUUGGGACUGUAAGUUUGGGUCCAAGAAAUAUAGCAGUAGAUUCAAUUUCACGUAAAUUCACGCCAGAAUACCUACCCCAUAAAAACGAGCGAAAGUUUUUUUUCUCAUGAGAGGGUUCAGUUCUGGCCCUGAUAAAAUC